AUGACGAAUGCUAAGAGGCUUGUCUUAGUCCUCUUCGAGGAAGUCGAUGCCGAUAACGACGAGGGUGUACUUUGGGUUGUUACAAACUUGGCAAUGAAUACAAGGAGGAACAAUGCUCGAAAGUUCGGAGAGGAGAAUUUGAAUGAGGCAGAUCUAGCCGCAUACCAACUCGAAGACUUAGAUCGAGUUUGGUAUGACCAAUUGAAGAAUGAGAGGCCGAUUAUAAAAGGCCAGAUUACUUGGGGAGCUCUCAAAACUGCUUUUCUUGGUAGGUUCUUUCUCUUGGAACUAAGGGAAAGGAAAAUUCAGGAAUUCAUCAACCUUGAUCAAGGGGAUAUGAGCAUUAAGGAUUAUAGCCUCAAGUUCACUCAACUAUCCAAAUAUGCUCCGACUAUAGUUGCGGAUUCUAGUGCUAAGAUGAACAAAUUUGUUAAUGGGAUAUCCGAUCUGGUUGUUAAUGAGUGUAGGUCGUCUAUGUUGAUUCCUAGAAUGGACAUCUCUCGCCUCAUGGUUCAUGUAGAACAAAUUGAGGAUCAAAAGCUUAAGCAAGUUGGUAGGGAGUUGAAGAAGGGUAAGGUGCCUACUCCAAAGCCCCAAGAGGGGAAAGGUGGAAGAUCUUAUGUUGAGAAGUUUCUUUGUGCAAAAUGUGAUUCGAUAAAUGAUGGUAAGUUGCUAGUUGGCACGGGUAAUUGCUAUGGUUGUGGAAAGAGUAGUUACAUGAAGAGAUAUUUCCCUAUGAUAAAGUCUCAAGUAAGGAAAAAUUCUCAAGAUCAAGCAAGUGCCCCAAAUCUAGAUGCUCUAAAGAAGAACCGUUUCUAUGCUCUCCAAUCCCAAAGUGAUCAAGAGAGCUCAGUGGACGUGGUCACUGUUAUGUUAAAAUUAUUUUCCUUUGAAGUAUACGCUUUGUUGGAUCCAGGACCUACAUCGUCAUUUGUGACCCUUCUUGUAGCAAUGAAGUUUGAUAUACUACCCGACAUAUUAGACGAACCUUUUUUGAUUUCUACCCCGGUGGGUGCUUCCAUGGUGGUUGAUAGAGUCUAUAAAGGUUGUCCUAUUUCCUUGCCCAAUAGAGUUGCAUUUGUUGACUUGAUAGAACUUCAUAUGCUAAAUAUUGAUGUCAUAUUUGGAAUGAAUCGGUUGCAUGCUUGCUUUGCUUCUAUUGAUUGUAGGACAAGGGUAGUCAAAAUUCCGUUUCCAAAUGAACCCGUUUUUCAAUGGAAGGGAGGGAACUCAAAUCCUAAGGGUAAUAUCAUUUCAUGUCUAAAAUCUUGCAAGGUGAUUGCAAAGGGAAGUAUUUACCAUAUAGUGAGAGGUAGAGAUUUUGAAUCCGAGGUCCCUCCAAUAGAGUCGGUACCCGUAGUUAGGGAAUUUCCAGAGAUCUUUCCCGAUGAUCUUCCUGGAAUUUCUCUCGAACGGGAGAUUGAUUUCAACAUAGACUUAUUGUCGAAUACGCAACCUAUUUCAAUCCCUCCUUAUCGAAUGUCCCUGGCCUAA